AUGCUCAGUCCAGAUGGUUCUGCAUCUCCAUCACUAGCGGGGCUGGAAGGAAGGCAGUGGACUUGGGAAGCCGGGAGAGAGCCAAGGGGGCUUAACGGCUGCCGCCUGUGUGUUGCAGGGAAUGAGCAACCCUGGGAGAAGCCCUGUGCCCAGCUCCUGGUCUCUGUGGCCACUCCAGGUUGUGAUGGGUUCCCCAGCCUGGACUCCAAGGAGAGCUAUAAGCUUGUCGUCUCGGAGGACUCCUUGCUGCUGUCUGCAGAUGCUGUCUGGGGAGCUCUCAGAGGCCUGGAGACAUUCAGCCAGCUUGUUGGGAGAGAUGAGGAUGGCACGUACUACGUCAACAAGACAGAGAUUGUGGACUUCCCCCGCUUCCGUCACCGAGGCUUGUUGCUGGACACCUCUCGUCACUACCUGCCUCUGAAAGCCAUCCUGGAAACACUGGAUGUCAUGGCUUACAACAAGUUCAAUGUCUUCCACUGGCACAUUGUGGAUGACCCAUCUUUCCCGUACGAGAGCGUGACCUUCCCAGAGCUCAGCAAGAAGGGAGCCUUCAAUGCCAUCACCCACGUGUACACAGCUAGUGACGUGAAGACGGUGAUUGAGUAUGCCCGGCUCCGUGGCAUCAGAGUAAUCGCAGAAUUUGACACUCCUGGUCACACCCUUUCAUGGGGUCCAGGUGCUCCAGGCCUCCUGACUCCCUGCUAUUUGGGCAAGAAUCUUUCUGGGACCUAUGGGCCCAUCAACCCCAUCCUUAACAGCACGUACGAGUUUAUGACCAGUUUCUUUCAAGAGGUCAGCGCUGUGUUCCCAGACUUCUUUCUUCACCUCGGUGGUGACGAGGUGGACUUCACGUGCUGGAAGUCCAAUCCAAAAAUCCGUGCCUUCAUGCAGGAGAUGGGAUUUGGUGACGAUUUCACAAAACUAGAGUCGUUCUACGUCCAGCGGCUUUUGGACAUCAUCUCUUCCUUUGGCAAGGGUUACGUGGUGUGGCAGGAGGUGUUUGACAAUGGAGUGAAGGUGAGGCCAGACACAAUCGUCCACGUGUGGAAGGAGAACUCCACGCCGUACAUGCAGGAGAUGGCGCAAGUCACCAAGGCUGGCUACAGGGCUCUGCUCUCUGCUCCCUGGUACCUCAACCGCAUCUCCUAUGGGCAGGACUGGAUGCAGGCCUACCAGGUGGAGCCUUUGCAGUUUGAAGGCAGCCCCGAGCAGAAGGAUCGGGUGAUCGGUGGAGAGGCCUGCAUGUGGGGUGAAUAUGUGGAUGUCACUAACCUGACCCCCAGGCUCUGGCCGAGAGCUGGGGCUGUAGCCGAGAGACUUUGGAGUAACGAGACAGUGAGGAACCUGCAAGAUGCGUACGUGCGGCUGGCCAACUUCCGCUGCGAGCUCCUCAGGCGUGGUGUCCAGGCUCAGCCGCUCUUCGUAGGAUACUGUGAUCAUGAAUUCAGUGGAUUUUGAGUGGAGAGUCCUGCUGCCCUCACCCUCUAUGCACACAGGAGGAAUGAUCUCUCUCCCUCUCUCUCCCUCUCUCUGUCCCUCCUGCAAAAGCUGCUGGCAUGUUAAAGGGACUUCCCUACUUUUGCUCUUGUCUUGUUGCAAUGAGCAAUUUUUUAUUUGAUUGUGCACUCUUUGCCUUUUCCUCUAUUCUUAUUUGUUCUUUUAAAUCUAUAAGGAAAUGACCUCAAAGAGAAAAGGUGCCUUUCCAUGCUCUGUUGGGGCUUGGCAGAGUGUGCAAGGAUUUUUGCUGUCAAUCAGCUUGCUGUCGGAGAUGCGCCUCGUCCCUGUGGCUCUGCAGCUGAACGUGUGCAUCUCGGGGACUGCAGCCCCACAGUGCCAAACUCCCGAGUCGCUUUUUCAGGUGCAUUUUCCCCUCCCUCCAAACAGAACUGCAGACUCUGCCUCGCGUAUGUGCUGAGUACGCUACUGCCAGUAUAGUAGGCAUCUGCUCCUCCUUCUGGCCCAGGCCUUGGGUCAGGGCCUGGGGUUAGGACCUGGCCUGCCAUACCAGCUACUGGUGCUGCUGUAGGCAGCCAGGCUGCCUGGCUUGCGAGAUGUCUGCUCCGCUGGAUAAAUUGUGUUUAGUCUCUGCCAAUAUCACAGGCUUCAUCCCUGCUGAGGGAAAGGGAGUCUCUAGUCACGCAGUAGCAUGGGGGCGGGGGGAAGGCUAGUCUUGCAGGCCAAGGUUAGCUGUGGACUCGCCUGGGUUUUUGCCUUGACCCUGACUGUUCCCAGCUGACAAAGCACUACCUAUGCUGGGAUGUCACUGGGCAAGAGCAACCGACCUUGGAUUUCCUUCUGUAGGAGGCCUUGCCCUCCAUACACCAAUGGUCAGUGUUACCUGUUGGUUUCUGUCCUUGUCUCUGUUCUCCUUGUGCUCCCCCAACUGUUCUGCCUGUCUGCAGGCAGGAGGCUUGUCUUCAAGGCACCAUCUCUGCUGCCCUAAACCCUGUCUGCUGCCACCUCCUUCUCUGGCUUCUUUUGAGAAGAGGAGACUCUGAAGCCCCUUGGAGGAAACCUCCCAAACCCACUGUGCUGCAAGCAGGGAAGCUGGAUUCAAGGAUGUUAUCGAGUCACCGUUCAGCCCCUCCAUCAGCUGUCUCCCCCUGCUCAGGACUCAGCCAACUUACCCAUCCUUGCGCUGCUGCCCUGUCCUCAGGUGGGCUCCACGGCAGUUCUCCUGUGUCCAAGUGGUUUGGUUUGGAGGGUAGGUUCCUUGGAGAAGAGACUGGUGUUGCUGCAUUGCUGGUCAGAGGAGCUGGGGCAGUCUCAGUUCUUGUCCUAUGAUGGUUGGGGUUGCCCUGCUGGAAACUCAGUUCAGCCCCGGGGCGGGGAUUUCUCAGGGAGAGAUCCUGCACAACAGGAAUGUUGUGUGCGUAUCUGGGUGUUGAAUGAGAGUGAGAUCUGCUGUUAGCCCUCUGUUAUGGCUGGAAACUUUAUUAUUGUUAAUUUUGAAAUAAAAAUGUUACACUAUU